UAUCUCUACGCGUUCAGCAUUCUUCCAAUGAAUUUGGUGGAUCCUGCAGAACUCAUCAAGCAGCCCCAAGAUACCACCGAGAACCCAUACCGAAAGCCUGGGGAUGGAGAAAAUUUUGCAUAUCAGUUACCAGAUGCAAAGGAGGAGCCUGCUAGCCAAUUUUUUUUCGAUUUAAGCAACAAGUCUAAAGGAAAGAAACGAUCUAUGAAAGGUGAAGAGAGACGUCCACCUAAGCGGUCGCCUUUCAAACCCCCAUUGCCGACAGCUGCCUGCUGGUUUUGCCUUGCCAGCCCAGAUGUUGAGAAGCAUUUAGUGGUGACCAUUGGCACUCAUGUUGUUCCUGUACCCCAGGCCUGUUGUGUUACUGAAGACAUUAAGGAAGCCUUCAUAAGUCAAGCAGAGGAACGUCACAUUGAGUUGUUAGAGAUACCAGAACAUUCAGCUCUCAAACAAAUAAUUCAGCCAGGGACACCGUAUUUCUAUGUUGAGCUUGAUAAUGGAGAGAAACUCUUCCAUCGUAUUAGCAAAAACUUUCCCUUGCAGUUUGGAAGGGAGGUGCUGGCCAGUGAGACCAUCCUUGGCAUGCCUGAGCGGGCAGACUGGAGAAGCUGCCAGACAGGACGGGAUGAAGAAAUUGCUGCAGUCCAAGACUUCCGUCAAGCCUUUGAGCCUUUUGAUUUUGCCCAGUCGGAUUGAGUAUCUGAAAGGAAGUGGGAAAGCUCUCUUGAAGAACAGCUUUUCUUUGAAGCUUCCUGUCAAGCCACAGGAAUUUUGCAGGGGUUGGAGUUCACUUUUCCUGCUGGCUAGGACAUGGCUAGGCCUUUUAUUUGUCAGGAAUCAGUGUUGUACUGAAGAUUAUUUAUUUAUGAAGUCUUGCUUGUCUACAGGUUGGGCCUCAUUUUGUCUGCACUUAUUGGCCUGUGGCUUCCAGAAGGCCUUCAGAAGAGGCGCUCCUAAAAAGUUUUCUUUUGCAGUUGACCCCUCUGUUCCAGCCAGUGAGUUUAAGAACUACGAAUCCUCCUAGAUUGGGGAAGUAGUUUAAAUCCUCUGAUAUUGGAGGUAGAUUUGCAGUUCGCAUCACACAGUACCCCAAGUUCUUGUGCUCUGGCAGUAAAUCACUGCUAUCUAGGUCAUGCACUAAAAGAAAAGAAUACAAUCUUUGAAAGCAGUGGAAGCCUCAAUCCUCUGCUGUAUAAAUAGAGGAGGUGGUGAGAAGCUAGUGCUGGUUGCAAGCUGAUUGUACAAAAGGAAAAACAUGCCCAGGCCAGGUGCAUGUUAACUCUGUUUUAGGAAAAUACGGGAAGUCAGAUGUGCAAUGCAGAUAAGCAAUCACUGCUUUCUGUUCAGCUCUAAGUUUCGCUGUAAGGUGGUUGGGUUUUUAAAUAACUAUAUACAGUAUAUUGAGAGAGAGAGAGAGAGAGAGACUACUGGCUUAAUGAACAGUCUUGGAGAAUGGUUAAAAUAUAGUUUGCUCAAAUGAAUAUUUUUAAUGAGAAUGUGUGUUUUUUUUAUAUGUGAACAGCAGAUAAAAUAUCUUCCUAUCAACUGUUGGCUAGCGUUAUUAGCUGGGAAUAAAGUCAUCUAUAUGAGCUCAGUUAAAAUUUUAAACGUCUUACUUUUAAGAAAGCAAUUAUAUGAUUUCUGAAGAAAUUAUAAGAUUGUAUACCGUCUUACAGUAAUAGAGUCAUAUGGAGUCUGUUUCUUAUGGCUUAUGUUGAAUUUCUCAAUUUGACAUAUUGGGCUUUUAAUUUACUUACAUCUUUCUUAAUUUUUAAUUUUUUAAAUAAUGUCCUUGGACACCCUAUUCAGCCUGGGCCGUAGGAAUCCAAAUUAAAGUUUCUUUAAUAAAUGGCGAUGUGGACAAA